CCUCCGACCCCCGCGACCACCAGCACCACCAUCACCAUCCUCAUCCUCGCCCUGCUGAGCCCCGCGCGCUCCUGCCCGGCCGUGUGCCGCUGCUCCGGCGGCCGCGUCUACUGCAACGACCGCGGGCUGACGGCCGUGCCCGAGGGGCUCCCUCCCGGUGCCACCACGCUGUUCCUGCAGAACAACCGCAUCGGCGACGCGGGCAUCCCGGCUCGCCUGGGCCGGCUGCCGGCGCUGCGGGUGCUUUACCUGUACGCCAACGCGCUGGAGCAGCUGCCGGCUCACCUGCCGCCGGCGCUGCGGGAGCUGCACCUGCAGGAGAACAACGUGCGCGGCCUCUGCCGCCGGGCGCUGGCCCGGGCGCCGCUGCUCGAGCGCCUGCACCUGGACGAUAACUCGGUGUCGGCGGCCGGCAUCGAGGAGGACGCGUUCGCCGAGAACCGCCGGCUGCGCCUCCUCUUCCUCUCCCGCAACCACCUGAGCAGCGUCCCCGCGGGGCUGCCGCCGGCGCUGGAGGAGCUGCGGCUGGACGACAACCGCAUCCACACCAUCCCGCUGCGGGCCUUCGAGGGGCUGCCGGCGCUGCGGCGCCUGGUGCUGGACGGGAACCUGCUGGCGAACCAGCGCAUGGCCGACGACACCUUCAGCCGCCUGGGCAACCUCAGCGAGCUGUCGCUCGGGCGGAACGCGCUGGCGGCGCCGCCGGCCAACCUGCCCCGGGCGCGGCUCCGCCGCCUCUCGCUGGCCGCCAACGCCAUCAGCCACGUGCCCGCCGGGGCUCUGGCGAGGAUGAGGGCGCUGGAGAGGCUGGACCUGUCGGACAACAACCUGACCACGCUGCCCCGGGGGCUCUUCGACGACCUGGGCAGCCUGAGCCACCUGGGGCUGCGCAACAACCCCUGGUUCUGCGGCUGUAACCUGGCCUGGCUGCGGGACUGGCUGCGGCGCCGCGCCCCGCCGCGCCUGGAGGUGCGGGGGCUGCUGUGCCAGGCGCCGGCGAGGCUGCGGGGGCUGCCGGUGGGCGAGCUCCGGGGAGAGAUGGACGCCUGCGAGAGCCCGGCCGCGGGUGCCGGGACGUCCCCCGGUGCGUCGCCCGCCGCGUCGCCGGUGUCACCGGGAGGAGCCGCCGCCGCCGCGCCGGGGCUCUGGGUGCAGGCGGCUCCCGGCGGGGCGCUGAGGGUGCGGUGGCCGCCGGCUCCUCCCGGGGCGUCGCUGAGGCUGAGCUGGCUGCGGCCCGGGGGGGGAGCCGUGACCGAGACCUUGGUGCGGGGGGAGCGCGGCGAGUACGUGGUGCGGGCGCUGCAGCCCCGGGCGCCGUACCGGGUGUGCCUCGCCGCCCUGGAGCCCCCCGCCGCUCCCCCGCUCUGCGCCCAAGCCCGGGCGGGGGCCGGGGACCACCCCCAAGCCGCGGGCCCCCCCGGGGACGCCCCCCCGGCGCUGCCCCCGGCCGCGGCUCUGGGGGCGGCGGCGGCGGGGGCGGGACCUCGGGGAUUCCCCUCCGUGACGGGCGAGGGUCUCCCGUGCAAGCCCCGCCCCUUUCCCAAUGGGAGAAGGGGAAAAUUCCAGAAGUCCCAGAGGAGCCCAGCCAAUCAGCGCCCAGCGCCGGGAGACUCGCCCAAUGAGAGCGCGCGGGGGCGGGCCGCGAUGCCGGCUUCCGCCGGGGGCGGCUCUGGGAGAGGGCGCGCCCCGCUGCGAGCGGCAGCCAAUGGGAAGGAGGGAACGCAGGAGGACAGCCAAUGGGAGCGCCCGCGGGGGCGGGCGGGCGGGGCGCGCGGCCAAUGGGGCGCGGGGGGCGUGGCCGCGGGGUUCUAG